AUGAAAGAAUACGGUCGAGCCAAAAGUGGCUCAACCUCAAAACAAACAUUUUAUGAGCUUACUAAGGCAUUUAUGAAUGAAUUCAAAGGUAUUUGCAUACAUCCUGACCUCGUUCAUUUUGUUGCUGAAUGGUGCUCUGUAAAGUAUGCAUUUUAUGUCAAAUAUAUUAUGGACUCCAUAGAUAAGAAAGUUCAUGAGAAGUUAGAUGAAGAAGAACUCGAAGAUACAGUAGAGAAUGCAAAACAUUUUUGA